GCUAGCGGGCGCCGAGCGGGAGCCGCGCGGGAGCGGCGCAGCUACGGCGGCGGCAGUGGUGGCGGCGGUUGCGAUUCUUAGCCGUUGAGACGCCUCUGCGGCAGCUGGUGGCGCAGGUGGCUUGCGUGGACGCGGGCGGAGGCGGCCGGCCCGCCACCGCAACCUCAGCGUCCACGGCCCCGGCAGGCCCGUCGGGACACCCCGAGGCAUCCUCCCCCGCCCGCCAGCGAGGGAGCCUGGGCUCAUCCGCGCUCCCGCAUCCCUUUGCCGCGCGCACCGCCGCAUCUCCUGGGUUUGGGACCCCCGGCCUCGCCCCCGAGACAUGACUCGCGAUUUCAAACCUGGAGACCUCAUCUUCGCCAAGAUGAAAGGUUAUCCUCAUUGGCCAGCUCGAGUAGACGAAGUUCCUGAUGGAGCUGUAAAGCCACCCACAAAUAAACUACCCAUUUUCUUUUUUGGAACUCAUGAGACUGCUUUUUUAGGACCAAAGGAUAUAUUUCCUUACUCAGAAAAUAAGGAAAAAUAUGGCAAACCAAAUAAACGAAAAGGUUUUAAUGAAGGUUUAUGGGAAAUAGAUAACAAUCCAAAAGUGAAAUUUUCAAGUCAACAGGCAUCAACUAAACAAUCAAAUACAUCAUCUGAUGUUGAAAUUGAAGAAAAAGAAACUAGUGUUUCAAAGGAAGAUACUGAUCAUGAAGAAAAAGCCAGCAAUGAGGAUGUGACUAAAGCAAUUGAUAUAACUACUCCAAAAGCUGCCAGAAGGGGGAGAAAGAGAAAGGCAGAAAAACAAGUAGAAACCGAGGAGGCAGGAGUAGUGACAACAGCAUCAGCAUCUGUUAAUCUAAAAGUGAGUCCUAAAAGAGGACGACCUGCAGCUACAGAAGUCAAGAUUCCAAAACCAAGAGGCAGACCCAAAAUGGUAAAACAGCCCUGUCCUUCAGAGACUGACAUGAUUACUGAAGAAGACAAAAAUAAGAAAAAGGGACAAGAGGAAAAACAACCCAAAAAGCAGCUUAAAAAGGAUGAAGAGGGCCAGAAGGAAGACGAUAAACCAAGAAAAGAGCCUGACAAAAAAGAGGGAAAGAAAGAAGUUGAAUCAAAAAGGAAAAAUUUAGCUAAAACAGGGGUUACAUCAACCUCUGAUUCUGAAGAAGAAGGAGAUGAUCAAGAAGGUGAAAAGAAGAGAAAGGGUGGAAGAAACUUUCAGACUGCUCACAGGAGGAACAUGCUGAAAGGCCAGCAUGAGAAAGAAGCAGCAGAUCGAAAACGCAAGCAAGAGGAACAAAUGGAAACUGAGCAGCAGAAUAAAGAUGAAGGAAAGAAGCCAGAAGUUAAGAAAGUGGAGAAGAAGCGAGAAACAUCAAUGGAUUCUCGACUUCAAAGGAUACAUGCUGAAAUAAAAAAUUCUCUCAAAAUUGAUAAUCUUGAUGUGAACAGAUGCAUUGAGGCCUUGGAUGAACUUGCUUCACUUCAGGUCACAAUGCAACAAGCUCAGAAACACACAGAGAUGAUUACAACCCUGAAAAAAAUACGACGAUUCAAAGUCAGUCAAGUUAUCAUGGAAAAGUCUACAAUGUUGUAUAACAAGUUUAAGAACAUGUUUUUGGUUGGUGAAGGAGAUUCUGUCAUCACACAAGUGUUGAAUAAAUCUCUUGCUGAACAAAGACAGCAUGAGGAAGCGAAUAAAACCAAAGAUCAAGGGAAGAAAGGGCCAAACAAAAAACUAGAAAAGGAACAAACAGGUUCAAAGACUCUAAAUGGAGGAUCUGAUGCUCAAGACAAUAAUCAGCCACAGCAUAAUGGAGAUAGCAAUGAAGAAAGCAAAGACAACCAUGACGCCAGCAGUAAGAAAAAGCCAUCUGGUGAAGAGAGAGAGACUGAGAUAUCUCUGAAGGAUUCUACACUAGAUAACUAGGUUGACAUACCUGGAAUAUAAAGAACAUUUGAAAAGUUUGUAAUGGUUUUCCUUUGAAAUAUUUAGAUUGCUAAAAGUUUUAAAUUUUUAUAAGCAUAGGUUUUGAUGUCUACAACUUGUUUGAGGGAGAUAAUCCCUUUAUCUUUGUUUAUAAGUAAUUAAACAUUAUUGCUAUUGUACUUGUGCAGUAUUAACAGCUACAUUAUACAGUAAAUGUUGGGGGGUAAUCCACUUAGAAAUGUUAAACUGCUUUUCCAGACAUGGUUGUAGCAUAUUUUCAAUUAGUGUGUGUAUGUUAAUGUGUAAUUGGUAGUAAAACAGUUACAUUUUUUAAAAUUGCUACUUGUAUAAAUCCUCUUUUCCCAAAUACUGUGGGUUUUGUGCAUAGUUUUUACAAAUCUUGGACUUAACAGACUGUCUUUUCACUGUUUGUGGGUUUUGUAGAAGUUGAGCAUUUUUAUGGUUGAUAAAAUGUUACUUCUAUACAAGUACUCACUCCCACCUUUUUAUCAAAAGUUAAUUUUAAUCUCAGACUAAAUUGUGCUCCAUUAUCCUGCUUUUUUUCCCAGCGUCACCUGUAUUCCUUUUUAUCCAAUCGACUUCAAACUGAUGAGGUUCAACUUAACUUUUGAAGAUAGUUUUAUGGCUGGGAAUUCAGUGAAGGCAUAUAACUCCUGCAGAGAACAGACUGGGUAUAUAUAGUACUGAAUCUGAUUUUAGAGUUCAACCAUCUAAGAUCCUUUAAAGGGCACUCGUAACUAAAACUAAAAAUGUUUAUUUUUGAGAAAUGUCUUAAGUCACAUUCAUUAAGGAAGUCACAAAGUAGUAUUUUUUUAAUUGGAAAGUCAAUCCAUGAUGCUUAUGUGGUAAAUAUAAAUGCUAUAUAAAGAAACCUAUUUGAAAAUGUGGCUAUA